UUGCAGAGCACGAGCUCCGGACCGAGCAGGCUGGCACUCACUCAUGGUUCCUCCGCGGAGCCCCGCUUCAUCCUGACUCCAGCCGCACUUGUUCAGGAGCAAACCGCCUCGCGACCGCUUGACUUCCCUGCUUUGGACGCACCAUGGACACGCGCCGGUGGAGUAGCGGCGUCCGGCUGGUGGCGUGGACGUGUGUCUGGAGCUCGGCGUUGCUCAGCACCGGGUGCAUCCCCGCGAAUGAAGUGAACCUACUGGAUUCCCGCUCUGUGAUGGGAGACCUUGGAUGGGUGGCCUACCCUAAGAAUGGGUGGGAGGAGAUCGGGGAAGUGGAUGAAGACUACGCACCCAUCCAUACCUACCAAGUGUGUCGAGUCAUGGAGCAGAACCAGAACAACUGGCUCCACACUAACUGGAUCCUGACAGAGGGAGCCCAGCGAGUCUUCAUCGAGCUCAAAUUCACAUUGAGAGACUGCAACAGCCUUCCAGGUGGGGUCGGCACUUGCAAGGAGACUUUUAACAUGUACUACUAUGAGACGGACGGAGAUGAGGAUGAAAUGGAGUACGGCGAGAUGAGAGAUGGAGUCGGUAUCACAGACGAGGAAGACCGAGCCCUGAAGGAGAGCAGAUACAUUAAAAUAGACACAAUAGCAGCGGAUGAGAGCUUCACUGAGCUCGACCUUGGAGAUCGUGUGAUGAAGCUCAACACAGAAAUCCGCGAUUUAGGUCCAUUGACUCGUAAAGGUUUUUACCUGGCCUUCCAGGAUUUGGGAGCCUGUAUCGCUCUUGUGUCUGUGCGGGUUUUCUACAAACGCUGCCCUUUUCUUGUGAAAAGUCUAGCAGAGUUUCCCGACACGAUCCCAGGCUCGGAGGCAUCACAGCUUGUGGAGGUGGUGGGACGCUGUGUGAAUAACUCCCUGCCUCUAUAUGAGCCUCCCAGGAUGCAUUGCAGCUUGGAAGGAGAGUGGUUGGUGCCAAUUGGGAAGUGUGUGUGCCAGCCAGGAUUUGAGGAAAUAAACGGGUCAUGUCAAGUCUGCAGAGCAGGGUUUUACCGCUCACUGCUUGAGUCCUUGGCCUGCAGUAAGUGUCCACCACACAGUGUGGCCAAACAGACUGGAGCUACCGCCUGCAGUUGCGAUGACGGCUACUACAAGAUUGAGUCGGACCCCCCCAACAUGGCGUGCACACGACCCCCAUCUGCCCCUCGCAACGCCAUCUCGAAUGUCAAUGAAACUAGUGUUUUCUUGGAGUGGUCCGUGCCGACGGAGACGGGUGGUAGAAAGGAUGUGCGUUACAACGUCCUAUGCAGACGUGUGUUGCCAGACAACCGAGGCUUUGAGGAGUGUGGUCCCAACGUACGCUUCCUUCCACGUCACGUCGGCCUGGCGAACACCUCAGUGAUGGUGGCCGACCUGCAGUCCCACACCAACUACAGCUUCUUGUUGGAGGCCAUCAACGGAGUGUCAGAUCUGGCCAAAGACCACACCAAGAAGUAUGUGUCCCUGAAUGUGACCACCAACCAGGCAGCUCCAUCUCCGGUCAGUGUGGUGAGAAAAGGUCAUGCAGGGAAGAGCAGCAUCGCGCUUUCUUGGGCUGAACCCGACCGUCCCAACGGAAUCAUCCUGGAGUAUGAGAUCAAGUAUUUUGAAAAGGAGCAGGACUCCAGUUACACAAUUAUAAAGUCAAAGGAGACUGAGAUGGUGGUGGAAGGCCUGAAGCCAUCUUCAGCUUACAUCUUCCAGGUACGAGCCAGGACCUCAGCUGGAUACGGUGCAUUUAGUCGCCGGUUUGAAUUCCAGACCAGCCCUUACUUAACAGCAACCAGCGAACGUGCUCAGGCUUCCAUAGUAGCGGUGGCCAUCACUCUGGCUCUGGUUGUAUUGGCAGUGGUUGCUGCCUUUCUGCUCAGCGGACGGCGUUGUGGCUACAGCAAAGCUAAGCAGGAUCCAGAGGAGGAGAAGAUGCACUUCCACAAUGGCCACAUCAAGUUUCCUGGUGUCCGGACUUACAUUGACCCGCUGACCUAUGAAGAUCCAAACCAAGCUGUGCAUGAAUUUGCUCAGGAGAUUGACGUCUCCUUCAUUUCCAUUGAGCGGAUAAUUGGCGCGGGGGAGUUUGGUGAGGUAUGCAGUGGUCCGCUGAGGUUACCGGGCAAGAGAGAAAUCCAGGUCGCCAUCAAGACCUUGAAAGCAGGUUACACAGAGCACCAGAGGCGGGACUUCCUGUGGGAGGCAUCAAUCAUGGGCCAGUUCAACCACCCAAACAUCAUCCGCCUGGAAGGUGUCGUCACCAAGAGCAAACCAGUGAUGAUCAUCACUGAGUACAUGGAGAAUGGAUCCUUGGACACUUUUCUGAAGAAAAACGAUGGCCAGUUUACAGUGAUUCAGUUGGUUGGAAUGCUGCGUGGCAUCGCCUCGGGCAUGAGGUAUCUUUCCGACAUGGGGUACGUCCAUCGGGAUCUGGCAGCCCGUAACAUCCUGGUGAAUGGGAAUCUGGUCUGCAAAGUUUCCGAUUUUGGCUUGUCACGAAUUUUGGAAGACGAUGCAGAGGCAGCCUAUACCACACGGGGAGGUAAGAUCCCUAUUCGCUGGACGGCUCCAGAGGCCAUCGCUUUCAGGAAGUUCACUUCAGCCAGUGACGUGUGGAGUUACGGCAUUGUCAUGUGGGAGGUCAUGUCUUACGGAGAGAGGCCGUACUGGGAGAUGUCCAAUCAAGAUGUCAUAAAGGCAGUGGAGGAGAGCUAUCGGCUGCCAGGUCCUAUGGAUUGCCCGGAGGCGCUCUAUCACCUAAUGAUGGACUGCUGGCAGAGGGAACGCAGCAGCCGGCCCAAGUUUGACGAGAUCGUCUGUCUACUAGACAAACUCAUCCGCAAUCCCAGCUCAUUAAAGAAAUUGGUCAACUCCUCGCACAGGGUCUCCAACCUCUUGGUGGAGCACGCAAGCGUGGAUGGAGAUUGCAUCAGCUGCACCAAAACUGUUAGCGAAUGGCUGGAUUCCAUCAAAAUGGGUCGUUACACUGAGCUCUUCAUGGAGGGAGGCUACUCCUCUCUGGAGACAGUGGUCCACAUGACAUCAGAGUAAGGCCAACAGGGAUUUGCGGAGAGUCGGGGUGAACCUCGCCGGUCAUCAGAAAAAAAUCAUCACAAGCAUACAGGAGAUGAGAGUCCAGAUGAACAGCAGCUCCACAAGCGUGAACAUAUGAAACGUUUCUUUUUUACACACACACGCACACCUAUACAUACACACACAUACACACACUCGUACGGACCUAAAAUGUGAUGAAGAAUUUGCUGAUGGACCUAAAGCAGCAUAGCACUUUUAAGGACGAAGGAGGUGAAACUAUGGGCCGCCAACGGGGAUUUUGCUGUGGCAUUGGGAUGAAGAGAUUUUGAUAAGGAAACCGACUCUGACAUCCACAACUGAAGACGCUCACUGGAUGUGAAUCUUGGGGGAAAUGAUCGCUGGACUUUUCGUAAAAGAACAGUUGACCUCUGGUGACGCUUUGGCAGCGACCAGCUCUUUUAUGGCUGUGCACCAUUUUUCAGACGAUCAAGCAGCAUGAUUCAACCUUUUCCAGCCUGUCUCAGGAUUUUUUUGAGCCCAGUGGAUGUGAACAGUGCUGUUUUCUCUACAGAGGUACCGAGUCAGUGGAGUCAGCACCAUUCUCAGGCAGGGUAUCAGUGGGCCAAGUGGUAUUGAACCAGCGAUGAAAUCCAGACUCUCAAUCAAAAACAUCAGCAUCUAUCCGUGUAAUGCAUUGUGUCCUGAAUUGGUAUGUGUCAGAGUCUACGAUGAGUCUUUUUUUUUUAUUUAAGAAAUGAAGUUUUUGGUUCUGCCUUUUAAGUGAAUGUACAUUUCAGCGGUGAAGGUAUCACUACGACAACAGAUCUGGGUCAAAUAACCUCCCGACGCAGGUUGUUGAUAGGCGAUUUAAAGAACUCAUCUGGAGCGAUCUAAUCUCACCACGAAAGGACCUUCAUUAUCCCGAUGAGCAUUGUUGAGCCUCACUCGUGUUCUAUAGAACAAACUCUGCGUAUGGUCCUGGACAGCUGGAAACACUCAUCAUCAUCACCACUGUAUAUUCCACUGGGAAGGACUUCAUUUUAUCACUUGGAUUCCGGUGGAUCUGAGAACCGGUAUGGUUCUGUUCAGAUCUUCUGCAAACCAGUGGGAUCAGCUCAGAUUCCUCUCAAGCUUUCUUCCACCAGUGCACUCUCAGACCUUCAUGGAGCCUUCACACCAGCUUUCAGGUACCACAGGAAACCUUCUCUCAGUGAUCUCACUUCCCCUCAACCACAGGUCCAGAAAACACCUCACCCUACUGCUUAAUCUAGGCGGCAAUAUGGAAGAUGUGAUAAUCAUUUAUUUAUUUAAAGACUUGUCUUUUCAACGAUGCAUAGCUGAUAUGCGUCUCGACUACUAAGCAGCACUGGCUACAUGUGUUUCAUGUAUAUAAUGUAAUAUGUAUAUAUAAAUAUAUAUUUAAACAGGGAGCGCUGUUUUCAGCCAUCCCAUGGACACGAUGAGGUUCUCUGAAGAAGAGUGCUUAAAAUAAGUCUUGCGCUGUUUGAGCUUCAGAUGAACGGACGAAUUGGCUCAGUUAAAUUCUGCAUUGAUGCACUUUGAGUGUAAGACCAACUUGAGGUGAGAACUAAAGUGUUUCUUGUCCAAGACCACAACAUAAGUCAGUCGCGACAAGGUGCCGUAAAAGGGAUUUUUCUCAAUUACUAUUUUGCUGCUAACUUUGAGUGAACAAAUAAGCACAAUGCAUGUGGCCCCAAAUGAAGAUGUCCCUCUGAUUCGACUGGCAGAGGUGUAAAGUUCUGCCGUUACAUCUCUUGCUGUACUUCCUCUCUGAUGUGUUGCCAAUGCUCCAACAAAAGAACCUGUACACACACUCUUUACUGAUGAUGUCUAUGUAUUUUAUUGUGUUGUGGAGAGCGGGGUUUCAGAGGACACUUGACUGUUUGAAGUGCAGAGAAAACCACAAGCAAAGAAUGUAAGGCGACCUUUUGGGAAGACUUCAAGGCUGUUGGGCACCAUUUUGUCUUUUCUUUCUCACCGCUGUUCUUUAAAUCAUAUCACAGGUAGAGAGCGUGUCGUAAAGCUUUACCUUAACCUAACACUUGAGCUUGAGAUUGAUGCACAUCUCUAGGGCUUGUCUAGUGUAGCGUUUAUGGUGAGAUAUGAACGUCUGUCUCGCACUCCAUGACUUGUCACGAGAAGAGGUAGAAGUAGCUACCAAACCUUUUUGGGGACGUUGUGCUGUCUCCAUUUAGCUGUAGAUGUGCGUAACUUCAGACAACAUCUGCCUUUUCCAAAGUGCAAAUCCAAACGUUUUGCUCAGCUGAAGUCAGUCCAUCUUUUCAAAGGCAAGCGUCACUGGAACCCUCUUCAUUUGGAAUUAUCCUGUCAUUUGAAUGGACAUCUGUUUUCACUCAGCCUUAUCUUGCUAGCACCACGUACAGGCUUCACAUUUCAAAUCUGCUCAUUUGUGUAUCCACGCAUGAUGGAAGCUGUUAAUGACAUGGGUGACACAAAGUCAUGGAGCGCGACACACGCGCAGCCAUAGUAAAGAGCUACAUUUAUUGCCAGCGCCGCUCACAUUUUCAGCCCAGAUUUUUCUUCCCAUAAGGCGUAUGUGUGGACGGCCAGUGAAGGAAGUGCAUUAUAUCUUACACCACGCUAAAGAUAAUUAGGCUACGUUAAUUUUCCACAUGAAUGAUCAAAGAGGAAAUUGAAGUCAUUCUUAAGAUUCAUCAUUCAUCACAAAUAUAGGUAGCUAAUAGCACACUUGUGUAAGUAAGUGCCUCGCAUCUUUUGACCACCAUUAUUUCCUCCUCUGCUGAAACGGCCCAAUCUUCCCCCACUUUUCACGAAUUAAACUUUUUGCCAACAAUUCUAGCAGGCAAUGAGAAGAAUGUCAGACAUGAUGUUUGUUGGAACUGUUUAAUUUGCACUUUAGCAGAAAAGCAUCACCUGGUGGCAAGUGUACAAGUCAUUUUCUGGCUCCGUGAUCUAUAACUGUUGCAAGAUGUGCUUGUAUAUGCUGAUGAUGUGCAUCCUUAUUGUCAAUACUGUACUAGCAAUGGCGCAAAAGUUGACCGAUCGGAGCUGGCUAUCUUGAGCACAUUUUUUUUUUACACGAUGAAGGAACGCUAGCAGAGAUGAAUCGCUUUGUUUCUGAAGAGUGUUAUGGUGCUGUGAGGCUGGAGGCUGUGUGGUGUCACAGCGAAGAACGAGACCUAAAACCCAUCAGGUCUGUUUGAUAUUGGAAAUUCACAUCAGACACUUGAAGCAAAUUGAUAUUCAUCAGAAACUACAGUUGGUGACACAUUUUUGGAGAACAAAUUCGCACCAGGAUUCGGAGUAAAAGCCCCUGUAGGCUUCUGCUCUGGCUACAUUUAUGCAAAUGAGCAUAAGUAUAUGCGGAUUUGUCACUGAGGAGCAGAUGGUAUAUGCAGGAACCUUGUAGACCUUGUUAAGGAAGUGAGAAUGGGAGAUUAUGAUUCAUACUUCAUGAAAUGAGAAGUCUGAACUGUACACAGUCGAUAUGAAGGAAAUAUGUUAAAGUGUGAGUUGCUGGACACAUUGAAAACACUACAUCACCACUUUAUGUUUGUGACGUAUAAACUUGAUUUUCUUCUGAAUUCUGGUUUCCUAUGGUCAAAACUCUUUUCAAGAAGGAUUUAUCUGAACACUAGGUUUAAGAUCGAAAUGGAAAUUGAAGCUCCUCUGGCUGAACCAUCGACGGUUAACAUUUUUGAAUCAACAAAUCAAAAUCUUGACGUGUGACAGGGUUGAGGACGAAUAUCUGACGUCCUCAAAAUGUGUAUUUGUUGUGGGUGCAAUGACGCCGUCCUCCUCACGAUUGCAUACGAAACUCAGGAUGUGUAUUAUAGCUCCCAUUAUUGGGUCACAAAUAUGGCGAUAAUUUUCAACUGCAACAAACGGAUUUCCUUCCAGUCAUAAUUUCAUUGGUUAAACGCAGAUUUAAAAGAAGUGAAUGACUUUUGUGAUUUAUGGAACGCACAGUGAAUAUACUUACCGGUUGAUGUGCUAUUAGUUUGUCAUCGAGACUCUGUGUUGAUGUUUUUGUAGUGUGUC